AUGAUGAAUAUGAAGAUUGCGAUUUUUUGUGGCUUUGUGAUUUUUUCUGUGAUGGCAGCUAGAGAUGAUGUAACUGUUCCGGCUGUUAGAGUUGUCAGACUUCAAGUUGAAUAUAAAAAUGCGUCGAUUACGGAUUUGCAGAAAAUUCAUAAGUGAGUUUUUUGGAAACAAUUAGUGAGGAUCUGAAGAUUUCUUGAGCUCUCUUAACGGAUUCUGGUGCUGUAGAAGCUUCUUGAGCAGAUUCAGAAUUUCCUGCAGCUAGAAAAACUUUUUUUUUCAGAUGGAACGCUAUUUUGCGCAACAGCGUUCUUGCUUCCCUCAAAUUCAUCAACAAACAUUGGAUGAUUUGUGGAGGAUCACCAACUGAACCUGGAGAGUGAGUAAUCAUUUCUUUCUUUUUAGCCAAAUUCAAUUUUCAGUACCAAUUCGAACAAUGAAUGCGGAAAGGCUCAAGUUACCGGAGAAAUCGUUGGAAGCAAUAAUUAUCGAAUUAAUGUGACGCUGAUUGCUGAAAGAGAUCCAGUCAGAAAUGCAAAAGUUGAUGCAACUUCGACAGUUUAUGCUGUUGCUCAUAUUGGACUCAAAGGUGGAAUUUUCCAAUACACAAAUGCGUUGAAGGUAAUUUUUCCCAUAAAUUUGUUGAUUGUUUGCAUAAGAUAUGCUUUUUAGGUUCUUGGGAAACCCGAGCCAAAAUUAAAAUUCGAUGAAGCAUUUUUCUGUUAUCGCGGAGCCACUCUCAUCGACACUGAUAAAUGCCGUAAGGAACACCGACGACUUCGCGAUUCACCGAUUUUGGAAGAAAUCGAUAAACCAAUCGCGUUGUCAAACUUACUUGCACUUCAUCAUUAAUGAGCAUGUAUAAAUAAAAUAAUAAAUUAUUCUAAUAAAUCGGGUCACCUCACAAAAUCACAUAUUACUAAAGAAUUUUGAUUGAACCAAAAUACUUUUCAAAUUUUCUUUAGAACUUUGCCAACCUGGUUGGUUCUACGAAGAGUUUGAUGAAAAAUGUAAACUUUGUUCGCGUGGAGAAUUUCAAGAAGAGUACGGUAGAACCACGUGUAAAACUUGUCCAGAAGGAACGACUACGGUAGCCACAGGAUCUUUCAAAAAAGAGCAAUGCAUACGUUAGUUUUUUCUUUGAAUUGAAAUAAGUAGAAUUCAAAAUUCAGAUAUUUGUCCAGCUGGUUAUUAUUUUGAUAUGGGCACAAGAAUGUGUGAGACCUGUGGUCUUCGAGGAUAUCAACCGUUAACGGGACAAGAUAAAUGUAUUGAAUGUCCAGAGGGAACUGUUCCAAUUUAUCAGAAUUCGACAAGUUUGACACAUUGUAUGGAUAAAUGUCGAGCUGGAAUGCAAAGAAGUUCUGAUGGUUCAAGUUGUCAACCAUGUGCAAUUGGAAGUUUUAAAUCAGAUGAUGAUAUUGUUUGUAUGAUGUGUCCAACUGGAAGAACAACUAUGUCGAAAGCAUCAAAAAGUUUGGCAGCGUGCCAUAUUAGUCAGUUUUUGAAAUUUCAUUUUUUCAAACUAAAAAAAUUAAAUUUUAAGAAAUUUGUUUCCCUGGCACAAUUCUCAACGCUGCCAAUUUGAAAUGUGAACCUUGUGAUUAUGGAACUUAUAUGGAUGAAUACGAUGGUCGAAUUUGCAAAAAAUGCCCUGUUUCAACAACAACUUAUCAACUUGGAGCAAAUAAUGCAAAAAUGUGUGAAUGGACAAAUCAAUGUAAAUCUGGAACACAUAAUUGUCAUUGGUUAGCUGCUUGUAUUGAUUUACCAGAUGAAAAUCAUAGAAAAAUGUAUUCGUGUAAAUGUAAACCAGGAUUUGUUGGAAAUGGAUAUAAAUGCUCGGAUUCUUGUGAAGGAUUUUGUCAAAAUGGUGGAACAUGUUUGAAGACUGGAAGAGGAGAAACGAAAUGUGUUUGUCCGAAAGGUUUUGAGGGACGAAGAUGUUUAGAUAAACAGUGA